GUAAGGAAAUUAGCGAAUUAUUUACCAAGAUGAGGCCUUUAACAGACGACGAGACAAAAACGAUGUUUGAGAAACUCUCCAAAUACAUUGGUGAGAACAUCAAACUCCUGGUGGAUCGACCCGAUGGGACGUAUUGCUUCAGACUUCACAAUGACCGGGUAUAUUACAUCAGUGAGAAAAUUUUGAAGUUGGCUACCAACAUCUCCCGCGAUAAGUUGGUGUCGGUGGGUACCUGCUUUGGGAAGUUCACCAAGACCAUUAAGUUCCGCCUGCACAUCACAGCACUGGACUUCCUGGCACCAUAUGCCAAGUUCAAGGUGUGGGUGAAGCCUGGGCAGGAGCAGUCCUUCCUCUAUGGGAACCAUGUGUUGAAGUCUGGUCUGGGGAGGAUCACAGAGAACACUAACCAAUACCAGGGUGUGGUGGUGUAUUCCAUGGCAGAUGUACCGCUGGGUUUUGGCGUGGCCGCCAAGUCGACCCAGGAGUGCAGAAGAGUGGACCCCAUGUCCAUCGUUGUGUUCCACCAGGCAGACAUCGGAGAGUUCAUCAGGUGUGAGGACACGCUCACAUAAGGAGUCUUCACAAACUGGACUAUCAAUUAUACACCGUCGUACUUCCCUCUCCUCAGGGACCACCAGAGGGUUGGAAAGUACAGCUAUGUGAAACGUCUGGUGGUCCCUGAGGAGAGGGUUGGGAAACCCUGGUCUUCAGGAUAUGAUUGUGUAUUGCCCUCUAAUUACCAAGGGGCCAGUGACUGUCUGGAUAGUUUCAUCAAGCUGUCAGCUAACAUCCCUGUCACUAUGGCUGAGUGAUUUACAUUCAGAUUAACAUCCCUGUCACUAUGGCUGAGUGAUUUACAUUCAGCUAACAUCCACGUCACUGUGGCUGAGUGAUUUACAUUCAGCUACCAACAUCCCUGUCACUAUGGCUGAGUGAUUUACAUUCAGCUACCAACAUCCCUGUCACUAUGGCUGAGUGAUUUACAUUCAGCUACCAACAUCCCUGUCACUAUGGCUGAGUGAUUUACAUUCAGCUACCAACAUCCCUGUCACUAUGGCUGAGUGAUUUACAUUCAGCUACCAACAUCCCUGUCACUAUGGCUGAGUGAUUUACAUUCAGCUACCAACAUCCCUGUUACUAUGGCUGAGUGAUUUACAUUCAGCUAACAUCCCUGUCACUGGUAGCUAAAUGUAAAUCACUCAGCCAUAAUCUAAAUAAAUGUGUUUUGUGUAGUAUUCAUAAUCUGUAUGGAUCUCUGGUUUGAGAAAUUUGAUUCCAUCAGCAUAACAUAAACUGUUUUCAUAUA